AUGCAUCUGCUCACGAUCGUCAGUAAUCGGGGGCUGACCAACUCGAGCCCCCUGUGGGAGGAUUUCAUUGCCAAAGCUACAAAGCUGCACGCUUGUUUAAGGGCUGCAAUUCAGGCGUUGGCGGCCUACUUGGAUGCAUUCCAAAAGAUCGCCGAUGCGGCCACCAACUCGAGAGGAGCAACCAAAGAAAUUGGCACGGCACUAACGCGUGUCUGCCUGCGGCAUAAGGCUGUCGAGAGCCGCAUGAAAACGUUCACCAGCGCGAUCAUGGACUGCUUGAUCGUGCCGCUGCAGGAGAAGCUGGAGGACUGGCGCAAGCAGGUGACCGUCAUCGACAAGGAUCACGCCAAAGAGUACAAGCGGUGCCGAGCGGAGCUGAAGAAGCGCUCAAGCGACACGCUGCGGCUGCAGAAGAAGGCCAAGAAGGGGGCGGCCGACAACCUGCACGUGCUGGUCGAGUCCUCGAUGCAGGACGUCACGCUGCGGCGCUGCGAGCUUGAGGACGUGGAACGGAAGUCGCUGCGGGCGAUCAUGGUUGAGGAGCGAUCGCGGUACUGCACCUUCGUCAGCCUGCUCCAACCGGUCGUGCACGAAGAGUGCGAGGUUAUGUCCGAGCUUGGCCACCUGCAGGAAGCGAUGCAGCUGAUCGCAGCCGUCACGAAGGAUCCGGCCCAGUUACCGCAGGCGUCGGAGGAACUGAUUCUCGAGUCGAAAGCCAACAUCGGCCUGUACCCGGACUCACCCGGUGGCUCCAACUCGCAGGGCGGCUGCUCCAACUCGCUCGGCUCGCGCAAAAGCUCCGUCUGCUCGAUCAGCUCGAUCAACAGCAGCAGCAGUGGCUCUCCUGGCCACCACCACCAUCAGUUCCAGCGAUCCCUGUCGCAGUACUCCCCGGCGAUACGUUUGAAACCAGGCGAAUCGAGCGAUAGCGGCUUUUGCUCUUCACCAGCUUUAACGUCACAGGCAUCCACACUAGCUAGUCAAUCGCACGCCGUGUCAACGUGGCCACCGCACACGCAGGACGCAACGUCGACCGUCGACCGUCCGCACACGAUUUCGUCCGCCUACGAGAAGGGCCACCAGCGGCCCGCGCUCACCGUCUACACCUUCCAGAGCCCGGAACCGAUCGUCGAGACGCAGAAAUCGCCCGCCAACAUCGCCUGCCGGCCACCGCUGCCAGUCCGCUGCUCAUCCCUCGAGCGACCCCUGUCGACCACGUCGGUAAAAAAUGCCAACCCAAACGUCCCACGGCAGUGUCCGUCCCCGAUUCCGGCGCACAUUACCAAAGAACACCCACAACUGCAGCCCACUUACGUUAACAUGACGGAACUAGCGUCGAUGGCUGCAUCUAAAACCACUAACAACGGCAUUAAUAACAACAACGGCGCCACGGUGACCGCCAAUCAGCAUCAGCACGUGCAGCAGCAACCGAUUGCGCCGGUGUAUCAGCAGCAGCAGCUACAGCAACCGAACUCACCCGUCCUGUCCUCGGCAUCGUCCCUGAUUUCGCCCGACUCGACGAACGCCACGAACCCGAUCAGCUCGCCGGAUGCGUCGGCUUGCAGCACGCAAACGCCACAAAACACUCCCCAGACGGGUUCGCCCGGUACGCCCAACUACAGUGGCGCUGGUGCGAUGAUCAACCAGGGUUACCGCAGCACCACUCCGUCGUCGGCGACCGGCGGAAUCUGUGGUGGCAUCGGCGGCGGAGGCGGCGGCAGUAGCGGCCACUUCGAUCCGCCCAGCACGCCGUGUGAAAGUAAUAACGAUACCUCUUCCAAUCACACCAUCACGAUUGACGACCCGAUCGAUGAGCAUUCUAACACCAGCACGUGCGCCGCUUCUGCGACCACCAUUUCUACUACCACCAACAUCACCACCACUGCUACUACUUCUACUACUAGUUCCAUCACUAACAAACCAUCCUCGGCUCACCACUGCCACCCGGGCACCACUACUGCCACCGACAGUAGCAUCAGUAGUAGUAGCGCCGCCUCAGCUGCCGGCGCUGGUACGGCAACGGCGACCAACGUCACCACCUCCUUGUCCUCAUCCACCUGCUCCUCCUCUUCCGCCACGUCGAAGGCGAUCGACAAAGAUUUACUCAAACGUACCGGUUCAGUUUUAGAGAAAACGUCCAUGUUCGAGCAGCAGAUCAACAACAACCAGCUGCAUCUGCAGCAACCGCAACCGCAGCCGCAACUACCGCCGCCGCAGCAGCAGCAGCUCAGCGUCCCGACGGUGACGGCGGUACGCACCGAUCCCAAUACGGCCCUGUACGGUGGGCGGCGAACGAACGAAGAAAUCUACAAGUCCGCCGGCCAAUUGCUACUGGAUCGCGAUGCAGAUUGCAUCGACAAGCAAACGAUCGAGGAACUAAACAAUCUGAUUGGUGAACUAGAUCUCUUUCAAAAAGAGCACGAAAGUGGCGCAUUCCGCGAAACGACCCAUCACCAUCACCGUGCGAACGGCGUGAAUAACAAUUACGGUGACGAUACCGCACAAUCCGGGGGGCGGCUGGGUGGUUCGGAUGGGUCCACACCACCGCCGCCACAGCCGGCACCGACGAGCCGGCUGCCUUCGUCGAUCUCGUCCAGCAACAGCAACCUGGACGAGUACCUGAGCAACCAUCUGUCGUCGCUCGACGACGAAACGAACGGUGGUUCGAUGACGAACCUUGCCGCACAGUACAGCAACUACGGCGGAGGCGGCAAGCCGGCCAUGGAUGGCACCGAACGGGGAGGGGAUUACGGUACGCCACCGUAUCAAGCCCAUCACCACCACCACCACCGUGGCGCGCUCGGAGUAUCUGGGAGUGGUUCCACCCAAGCCCUGGACGGUCUCGGGACGGGUUUCGAGAAUCCUUCGUUCAUGAUGGAAACCUACUACAGUCAGAACCGCAGCGAGGUGGUGGUGCUGCGCUGCAAGGACACGAGCCGCAACAGUCUCAAUACGGCACCGGACGAUCUGCUGACGGGCAGUGGGUUAAUGCAGCUGAACGGUGGUGGUGGCUCGGACAGUGCUAAUCCGCCACACCAGCGACUGAGCUCGUUCCGGGUUACCUCCCGGCCGGCCUCGCCCGCCUCGAUGUCGUCCUUUUUCGGUGUCACGUCCCGUUCUCCCACCCCGUCCCUAUCGUUGCCCGCGACGGCUCACUGUUCGCCCCAGCGGCAGCAGCUCAAUGAGAGCAAUGAAAUCAUCGCGAGCGCUCACGAUUCCAGGUCCGGCGCGAUCGCGGCCACCCCGUACGACGAUCGCAUCAAUCGCAAUAAACCCGCCAUCACCCCGAGACCUGCAUCGUUAUCUGGCCCGACCCGUGUAACGCGACGUGCGUCUGUAAAUACCGUCAAACCGCCACCGCCUGUCCGGCGCAGCUCGAGCGUCACACCUAGUCCUAGCGUAGGAACUGUAGGUACAAACUCCACCAAUCUUGCCCAGCAAAGCGUAGCUUACACCUCAUCAGAAAGUUUACCUCCACCACCUGCUUAUCUCUUAGAUUCCACCGCCGGAAGCUCACCUAGUAUUUCAGGCAACGUCGCGGGUACGGUGAAGGCACUGAAUGAAAUAAGACACACACCGGCCAGCCCGGGAGUGCUAAGACGGGCCCAGCAGUCCAAUGCUCCCUCCUCGAACCAAGGAUCACCUACGCAAUACACUACCACCAACCUGUACGCCACAUUACCCACAAAGCAUGACCAUAGCACGGUGUCGGCUGCGUCAGCAUCAUCGCAACACCACCACCACCAUCCCAGUACACCACCGCCAAACUCAUUCCACGCUAGUGACAGUAACAAAUCGCUGUCGAACCGAUCUCCGAAAACGAACCUUCAUCAGCCAGGAGGAGGAAUAUACGCACAACCGAAACAGAUCUCGAACAUGUCUAGUUUCCGUAUCUCGAGUCCAAAUAAGCAAGGACCAGCAAAACCGAACAGUAGCUUCCUGGCGCAGCUAAACGCCAAAAUUGCGCCACCCAGUAAGGCGCCCCCUUCGCAGCCACCGCCGUCCGCAGGAGGAGUCUAUCAUCAACAGCCGCAGCUGCAGCAACCCUCGAGCAAUUACGUUUACACGACGGCACCGUCCGGAAAUGAGCUAAUCUAUCAGCGAUCCACACCCGUCGAUCCGCGAAUGUCGUACAACAACAAUCAGCAACACCAACAGCAGCAGCAACAGCAGCAACACCACCAACAGCAGCAGCAGCAAUACUAUCACUCACAGCAGCAACAAGCUCCCGUGCAACCACCGCCACGAGAGGGUAAAAAUUCCAUCUAUUCCGCCUCUAGCCAAUCCUCUUCCCAUCAGCAGCAGCAACAGUACUACCAGAAUCAGUAUCAGCAGCACCCGCAGCAGCAGCAACAGCUACAGUACCAACAACAGCCACCAACCUCGCAGCAGUACUAUUACCAUCAACAGCAGGCUCCUCCGAAGCAACACCAUACGCCGCCACAGCACACGACAGCGGCGCCGACGUUACAGUACGUGCCCAGCGGUGGCUACGCGGCGCAAAACAUUUACGUGUCGACGAAUCCCUUUGCCAGUUCCGUCCAAACGGUGGCCACUGCUGGUGGUGGUGGUGCUGGUAGCGCCGCUAGUAGCAGCAGCAGUAGUUACUCUCCAUCGUCCUUCGGCAAAGGUCACCGUAACGGUGGCGACGACGGUGCGGCUGGUGGCAGCGCCACAAGUACUCCCGUCCGGACAAAUCAUCACAUGCGCAACAGUGCAGGCAACAAUAAUGGAUCCGCCGGUGGCAGUGGUUCGGCGGCCGCCGGUGGCAGUGUGACAACGCACAACGUGCUGGCCAAAACGAGCGCUGGCUUCUUGGAAAACCUAAACGCUCGACUGGCGGAGCAACGCCUUUCCGGGAAAGCGUUUGCCGUGAGGAAUCUCAUCAACAGCAAGGCACUUCCGGAUCCCCGAGUAUGCCACGAAUCGCUGAUGGAUCAAAUCAAACGUGGUGCAACGCUAAAACGGAACCGUACGAUCAACGAUCGUAGCGCACCGAAAAUCCACUAA